AUGAAAAGAGAAGGAAAUGUAUUUUGUUUUGGACAAGGGAAAAAAAUGGAUGACAAAAAUGGAGCCCACGGAGACAGAGAAAAAGAAGUUGAGCCCAUUCUGAUUAACCACGACGCGCAGAGGGAGAGCUGCCAUUGCAAUCUAUCGGAGAUCUAUCUCUGCAUCGCCGCCGGCGCCGUUGCUCUUGUCGCCGCCGUCCCCGUCGCCGGCUGCGCCAUGCUCCGCCUCCGCGAGUGCGUCGUUUCCCGUCUCCUCUCUUCACCUUCCACCCCCACCUAUGCCAUCUUCCCACUCCGCCGUCUCCUCUCCGCCGCCGCGCCCCACAUUUCCCCAAAUCCCAGUGGCUUCGCCGUGGAGGACUACCUCGUCGACACCUGCGGCCUCACCCGACCUCAAGCCCUCAAGGCCUCCACCAAGCUCUCCCACCUCAAGUCCCCCGCCAACCCCGACGCCGUCCUCGCCUUCCUCGCCGGCGUCGGCCUCUCCGGCGCCGACGUCGCCCCGGUUGUCGCCAAGGACCCGCAGAUCCUAUGCGCCAAAGUGGACAAAACCCUGGCUCCGGUGGUCGAUGGGCUCACCGGCCUCGGCCUGUCGCGUUCCGACAUCGCCCGCCUCGUCUCGCUCGCCCACAGCGGCUUCCGCUGCAGAUCCGUAGUCUCCAAGCUGCACUACUACCUGCCCCUCUUGGGCUCCUUCCACAACUUCCUCCGGCUGCUCAAGCGGGGAGGAUCCCACCUUCUGUCAUCCGACCUCGACAAGGUUGUCAAGCUCAAUGUUGUGUUCCUCAGGGAGUGCGGGCUAGGUGAUUGUGAUAUUGCCAAGCUGUGUGUCCCUGUGCCGAGGAUGCUGACCACCAACCGGGAGCGCGUCCGUGCGAUGGUGGCAUGUGCUGAAAGAUUAGGCGUGCCGCGUGGCUCUGGGAUGUUUAGGCAAGCGCUGCAGGCUGUCGCGUUUCUCAGCGAGGACAAGGUCGCCGCCAAAUUGGACUACUUGAAGAAUACGUUCAGGUGGUCUGAUGCUCAAGUGAGCAUUGCUGUGCGCAAGUUUCCGAGUGUGCUGAGGAAUUCAAAGGAAUCUCUGAACCACAGGUCCGAGUUCCUGUUCUUUGAGGUGGGGCUGGAACCCGUGUACAUUGCUCAUCGAUCGGACAUACUUUCAUAUAGCAUGGAGGGCCGACUCAGACCCCGCUACUAUGUUAUCAAGUUUCUCAAGCAAAACGGACUGCUAGAUCGUGACCUGAGCUUAUAUUCCGCGGUCAAGAUGACUGAGAAGGCAUUUGUGGAGAAGCUCAUAUGCCCUCACAAGGAAGACGCACCACACCUCGCUGAAGACUAUGCAGCAGCUUGCAAAGGGGAAGUGCCAGCUAAUUUCAGAUUCAUAUGA